AUGAAAUGGGUUGACAAGCAUGGGAAGUAUUUGGGUAUACCAACGAUCAUUGGUAGAUAUAAGAGGAUGGUGUUCGAGGCACUCAAGGAUGGAAUCUGGAAGAAAUUGAACGGAUGGAAGGAGAAAUUGUUAUCUAGAGUAGGCAAAGAAGUCCUUCUCAAGUCAGUAAUUCAAGCAAUUCCGACUUAUCUUAUGGGAGUGUAUAAAUUUCCAGCAGGAAUUAUUAAUGAUAUCCAUAGCAUGAUGGCUCGAUUUUUGUGGGGCAAUAAUGAUGGGUCAAGGAGAAUAAGCAUGGCGAUUGGCUGCUUUCUGGAUGCAAACCUGGGAUGGUCAAGCAGCUUCUCUUGGAGAAGCAUUUGGUCAUCUAAAUCUUUGAUUAAGGAAGGGCUUUUGUGGAGAAUUGGGGAUGGGACUAAUGUCAAGAUUUGUCAAGACCCUUGGCUUGUCAAUGGAGAUAGUAGGUUCAUGACUUCACCUCCAUUUGAUGAAGUGCAGCGUGUUAGUGAUUUGAUUGUGGGAGAUUGA